GCUUUACGCAACUUGCACAUUUCCGCCGUGCACAAAGUUAUUCGUGAACAGUAUGCCAGGCUGGAGGACACCCGCAAUAGUUUAUCACAGUCUCUUGCCGUGGCCUCUUCACCUUCCUCAGUCGUCCAUUCACAAACUGAGCUCAAAAAGAACCUGUCUUUCAACGAAAUGUCCUCGGAACUACUUGACUCUAGGGACCUGGAGCAUCUCAGCCGUGUGAACGCUGAACUGGGUCCUAUGCUAAAGGCCAGACGAGAAUUGACUGGCAUGCUCAUCUGUCAUCGAAAGGUCAAUUUCAUAGGUCAUGUCAACUCUCGCUGUGUUUUUUAUUUCUGCAAAGCUUGA